CGUUUAGUAAAUUUGCAUCUGUGCUUUCAAUAUGGCGGCUCCCAUAUUGAAGUGGAAGCGGGUUACUAAUACUUCAGGACCGGCACCAAGACCUCGACAUGGACAUCGAGCAGUUGCAAUUAAAGACCUUAUGAUAGUCUUUGGAGGUGGUAAUGAAGGAAUAGUUGAUGAGCUGCAUGUAUAUAACACAUCCACCAACCAGUGGUUUGUUCCAGCUGUUAGAGGUGACAUUCCUCCUGGCUGUGCAGCUUAUGGCUUUAUAUGUGAUGGAACUCGUAUUCUUGUCUUCGGUGGAAUGGUGGAGUAUGGCAAAUAUUCAAAUGAGCUUUAUGAACUACAAGCAUCACGCUGGGAGUGGAAACGGCUGAAACCAAAGUCUCCCAAAUCUGGUCCUCCACCUUGUCCAAGACUUGGUCACAGCUUUACACUACUUGGGAAUAAAGGUUAUCUUUUUGGUGGCCUCGCAAAUGACAGUGAAGAUCCUAAAAACAACAUACCAAGGUAUCUUAAUGAUUUGUACACCUUGGAACUGCGUCCAUUGUCUAAUCAGUUAUCAUGGGACCUUCCUAAUAUUGUCGGUGCUCCUCCUCCUCCAAGAGAAUCGCACUCAGCAGCACCUUAUACUGACAAAGAAGGCAGAAAACCCCGUUUAUUUAUCUAUGGCGGUAUGAGUGGGUGUCGGCUUGGUGAUUUAUGGAUGCUAGACGUUGAUACAAUGGCUUGGAUUCAGCCUACAGUGGCCGGCAUGCCCCCACUCCCUAGAAGUCUUCACUCUGCCACUGUCAUCAAUUCACGAAUGUUUGUUUUUGGCGGUUGGGUCCCUCUCGUAAUGGAUGAUGUUAAGGUGGCAACACAUGAGAAAGAAUGGAAAUGUACAAACACUUUGGCUUCAUUAAAUUUAGAAACUAUGGCUUGGGAGCCUUUAGCAAUGGAGGUUUUUGAAGAUGCAUUGCCUAGAGCAAGAGCUGGUCAUUGUGCUGUUGCUAUCAACACAAGGUUGUAUAUUUGGAGUGGUCGUGAUGGUUACAGAAAGGCAUGGAAUAAUCAGGUCUGCUUCAAAGACUUAUGGUUCUUGGAGACUGAGAAGCCACCAGCUCCGUCUCGUGUCCAGCUGGUGAGGGCCAGCACAAACACUCUGGAGGUUUCUUGGGGAGCUGUCCCCACAGCUGAUGCUUACUUGCUGCAGCUGCAGAAGUAUGACCUCCCACCAUCCACUACAACAGCCGCUGGCACCACUGUGGCUACACCUACGGCUGUUACUGCUGCCCCUGCCACCCCUACUCCUACAGUGGCAGCGCCAUCAACACCUGUUACUACCCCAGUUACACCCACAUCUGCUGUGACCCAGGCAAGACCCCAGUUCCAGUUCACCGGACAGCCUGGUGGAAUCAUCAGGACACCAACAACAGGAUUACCUAUCCGCACAGUUACUAGUGUGGUGUCACCUUUGACCCCUGGUCAUACAACACAAACCAUCAGAGUAACUGCUGCACCUCGUAUAAGAGCCCCUAUGACUAUCACGCCAGUGGCCAACACAAUUCGUGUUGCUACACCCCAGAUAGCCAAUGUCAAUCAAACAUUGCGGGUCACCAAUGUCACAACAACUACAUCCGGCAACAUGUCUGGCAUUGCGGCUCUAGCUGCAGCUGCUGCUGCCACUCAAAAGAUUCCUGGCACAAUGGCCAGUGCCACAACUACACCAGCAUCUGGAAUUAAGGUUGUCACUCCCACUAUUGUUACACCAGGUGGAGUCAAGGUUACUCCAGUCACAACCAAAUUGCCCACCAGCACAGUUGCUCCUGGUACUCAGACUGUGAGAGUUGCUCCCACUGGUGCAACCAUUCUGAAAGCUUCUGGUUCUGGCACUAAUCUGACAGGUAAACAAAUCAUUACAGUGCACAAAGCAGGAACUACUGGAUCAAGUCAGUCUCAGAUUGUCACUCUAGUGAAGACAACACAAGGCAUGGCAAUGGCCAGUCCUAAGAACCCAUUACCUCAAGGUGCAACGAUAGUAAAGUUGGUGACCACUCAAGCUGGUGGCAUUAGCAAGCCUGCCACUGUGCUCUCUACUCAGUCAAGUGCUGGACAAACUCCCACCAUCCUGGGCAUCAGCAGCGUGCAACCAAGUCAACAAGCUACACCUGGACAAAAGACAUUAACAACCAUGAUUAGAACAAUUCCCACAUCAAUGCUCUCCAUGGCUAAAUCUGGGCAGACUGUCACUCAGGUUAGCACCACACCUGUUGGCACCAAGACCAUCGUCAUUGCUGCACCUAAAGGCAGCGCUGGCAACCUGAGUCAGCCUACCAAGAUCAUCACUAGUGUCCCUAAACUAGCCGGCCAGUCUGGAAAUACUCAGUUCAUUGUUGUUAGCCCGCAGAGUGUGGCAGGGGCUGUUGCUGCUGGUAACAAACCAGCAUCUGGGAUAACAUCUUUCAGCUCAGCAGGAAAUCUCAUCUCACAAGCUGGUAAACCAGUCAUCACUGUACUUUCUGGUGGUAAGAAGUCGUUCCGCACUAUUUUAUCCACAGGAUCAACAGCCGGGACCCACUCAGUGACUCCAGCUGGUGGCCACACUGUUGUAACAUCCCCCACCAUGCGUGUCGUUAGCAGCAAUGCUUCAACCAUCUCCCUGAUUACACAAGCAGCAAGUGAGGCCUCGGGUGGGAGACAGAUCGUGACAGUACCUGCGGGGCACGCCGGUCUCUCUGGAGCAAAGGGGCCAGUGCAGAUAACAAUCACCCCUGCCAACAGAGGAGGAAUCAACACAAUAACCUUGCCCUCUAACCUGCGGCAGAUAGCCAAACCAGUUGUUGUCAACACUGCUGCAGCUAAUGGAUCACAAGUUGUCAGUCUUGGUGGCUCCACCAACGCGCAGGUGGUGACUGUCACUCAGCCCAUGACAGGCUCUGGAGAUCAGACCAAUUCUGCCAUCAGCAGUGAGGCAGAGUCAGCUGGAGAUGGCACAACACAGGCUGGUGAUGGAGAUGGGGGUAUUCAGCAGUUUGAUGGGCCAUCAGAUGAUCUCACUCAAGAUGAAGAGGAAGAGAGUUGCCAGACAUCAUUUAUGCUCGCUGUGUCUGAGGUGAAUUGUCUUGAGACAAGUGUACAUUGUGAGGAUCACCUGUAUGCUGUGUCAGAUGUGUCGGAUAGCUUUGUUCUUCCCCAAUUUGAUGGAACCGAUGAUGGUGGUGUGGAUGAAGAGAGAGACAACCAGGACCCUGCAGCUGAACAAGAUGCUGCUACUGAACAAGCUGGUGAAGGACAGCCGGAACAAGAUUCAGCAGAGAAUGAAGCAGUUUCUGAAGGAGCUGGUAUGGAAGAAAGUUUACAUGCUGAUGUGGGACACCUAGAACCUUCCCUGGAUGGUCAGGAGGAAGGACAUCAAAUGACAGAUGCUGAGCUUCAACAGCAAGCUGAGAGUGCACUAGAAGCAUUAGCUGAAGCAGGUGGCGUGUUAGCAGCACAGAGUAUGUUAGAGGACCAAGGAGUUCUGGAAGGUGUUAGUCUAGAAGGUGUUCUGGCCCAGCAGUCUGCAUUAGAUGCAGCUCAUCAGAUGGCUGAUGAAGGAACAGAACAGCCAGCAGAAGACAGUAAAGCUAGUGUAGAGCUACAUCCUACAGACAGAGCUCAAGCAGAGGAAGCCAUGGACACAUCAGAUGCCCAUCUGGAGCCAAAGGAAGAACCUUCUGAUGAGACCCUGGCGUCUUUGGCCCAGACUUUGGCCAAUGCUUCCAGUAAUGGUGGGGAUGCUGCAGACUGGAUGUUUGCCCUUACAGAUCCUCUUGCUACAUUAGCCUCAGCUGCCAUCUCCUCAGCCCCUGUUGCCACCCCUAAAACUUCUGAUGCCAGUGUAGGCAGCAAUGAUGGCAAGAUUGAAGAUUUAAAAACUGAGAUGAAGCAAGAAAGAAUUUUGGUGAAGAGAGACCAACAGCAGUGGUUUGACGUUGGCUUCAUCAAGUCUACAUCCUGCACAGUCUCACAUUACCACUUGCCCUCUGAAAACAGUCAAGGAAAUGCUGAUGAUAUUGAUGUUGUCAAUGUGCCAGAUCAUAGUGCACUGAAGCGUCAAGAGCUUCAGCCUGGGACAGCUUACAAGUUUAGGGUGGCAGGCAUCAAUGCAUGUGGGCGUGGUCCUUUUAGUGAAGUCUCAGCAUUUAAAACUUGCCUUCCUGGCUUUCCCGGAGCACCUUCAGCAAUUAAAAUUAGCAAAAGUGGAGAUGGGGCACAUCUUUCCUGGGAACCACCCCAGAACACUGCAGGAAAAAUUAUUGAAUACUCAGUCUAUCUGGCUGUACGAAACCAGAGCCAAGAUACGAAGCCAGGGGCCCCAGCUCAGCUUGCCUUUGUACGUGUGUUCUGUGGGCCUUUGCCCUCGUGCGUGGUGACAAAUUCUUCUCUGACCUCUGCCCAUAUUGAUUAUACCACAAAGCCUGCUAUUAUCUUCAGAAUUGCAGCACGUAAUGAAAAAGGUUACGGCCCAGCAACUCAAGUUAGGUGGCUACAAGAUGCAUCGCAGAGUCCAGCAGCUGGUGCUAAAGGGGCCAAGAGACAGGGUGCAGAGAAUGUUAAACCUGGUACUGUGGUGAAAAAGUUGAAGGUGGAAGAUGCUGGUGAAGGCUAACGUGCCCCUGUGUACGGUGCUGAAAUAGAAAUGUUACACCAAUUAAGGACCUGCGCAUUCAUAAGACAGCUGUGUAUGAUGUACUUCUUUCUGUGGUCUAUGAGCCAUUUUGUUAACUUCCUUCAUUACCUGGCCAUAGGCCUAGCCACAUCAAGUGACCUUCAUGACUUCACUCACUGUGUAUGAUACACAUGGAUGUCUCCUCCAUACUUUCAUUAGUUUUGUCCUACAUUAAUACUUAAUUGAUAUUUUUAUUCUUAUUUUGUGGAACUUGGUAAAAGUCAAGAUCAUUGAAUUACUCGUACAAGUUUAUUAUAUAUUUCUUUUACAGUUUAUUUUUAAAUUGCUGUUUGUGUUUUUUUUAAUUGGCUUUAUGAUUAAAAUAUCACUCUAAAAUUGAGAUACACUUCCUUAGCUUGUGGAAAAAUAGUGCUAUUUUUACUAGGCUUUUUAUGGGCCUACAGAGAGGUAACUUUAUUCCAACACUUAUUUUUGUAUCAUUCAAAGAAUUCUAGAGUUCUAUGCAGUAACAUAACGUAAUUGCAAUCUCUUGUCAUCAAUUUCAUAUAUUCUUAUGAUUAGUAGUCAUACUUUAUGUAUGAAUUUAUGUUGUGAUCCUAUGCCAUAUGAAUGGAGUGGUUUGUUAACCAGCAUUUGUAUAUUUAUCAUUCUAGUUGUGUACAUUUUAACUGUUUUUAUUCUUAUGGAAAGCAUUUUUAUUGAUGAAAAGGAAGAAUGGAGAGACUCAUGAGCCCCAAGCUUGUAAGUGUAGCUAGUCAACUAAAGUGUUUGUUGUUUGUCUUUUUUAGUAUGUCAUAUUUUUACAGAUCUCCUCAAGGAAAUGUAGAUAGUUGCGUGACUUAAACUGCUGUAGCUAGGUCAAUUUUUACUUCAUUUUUAAUCUUCAUUCCGGUGAAUUUUAUUCUAGAUUAUUUUUUCAAUCCAUAUUUUUUUAAUUUCAUUAAAGAAUGACAACUGAUUCCAAAUUUUUAGGAAGUUUUAGUAAAAUGAUAAAAUAUAAUUUAUUAACCUCAUUUAUAGAAGAAUGCUGAAGUUUUUUCAUAAAGUGAUUAUGGUCAACCAUACAUUGAGAAUGCUGAUGACUAGCUAUAAAUAUUUGUUGUGAAAAUGUGUAAAUAUUGUACAAACAAUCUAGUUUUCCAUGUUUGUAAUUUAGCAUGUGUCACUGUGAAAUAUUUGACUAGUUGAAAUUGUUUUAACAUGUAAUCUAAGUUGUUUGCCCAAGGACAUAUCUUAUUAUUGUUCUGUUAGUAUCUCAAGGACAAUUGUUUUCUUUGAAGUUUUCUUUCAGUAUUGUGUGAAUAUUUUCAGCUGUUUUGUUUAGUAUCUGAUAACAUUGUGGGGCCAGCCGAGUUGAGGUAUCAUGAUGGUUCAUGUAUGUAUUAUACUUGGGUAUUUUCCUAGUUAUAAUUUGAAGCAAUAUUUUCUUGAUGUAUCUCUCUGAAUUUGUUACUGGUAUUACUGUUGGACUGCUGCUUCCAGUAGCUCACAGCUAGUAUUUUGACAAGAGAAAACAUCAUUUUUUUAAACUCCAUAUUUUGAGUGUCAAAAUUGGUUCUUGUAAAAAUGUUUCAAGAAUGUAUGAAAAUAUAGUGUAUUAUAUAUUGUUUGUACAUAGUUCAUCCACUUCACUGUUUCAAUACCAUUUAUGACAAUUAUUCAAUAAAAUCUAAUUUUAACUG